AUGUCCGGCCCCCCGAUGCAGCUGGAAGAUUGGCUCGAUGACCUCUGUGUGAGGUUCAUCAUCAAUCUUCCGCAAGAAGACCUGUCGUCGGUCGAGCGAAUAUGUUUCCAAGUCGAAGAAGCCCAAUGGUUCUACGAGGACUUUAUUCGACCCCUCGAUCCCUCCCUCCCGUCCAUGACACUGCGCACCUUUUGCCUACGCAUAUUCCAACACUGCCCGCUGCUGGCGUCCUUUUCCGUCGAGAACCACCUCGCCGCGUUUGAGGUCUUUCUCCAGUACAAGACGCGCAUCCCCGUCCGCGGCGCCAUCCUGCUCAACCAUGACAUGGACUCAGUUGUGCUCGUCAAAGGAUGGAAAAAAGGUGCCAACUGGAGUUUUCCCCGCGGCAAGAUCAACAAAGAUGAGGACGAUCUCGACUGCGCCGUCCGCGAGGUGUACGAGGAAACCGGCAUGGACUUGCGCGCCCACGGCCUGGUGCCGACCACCGGCAAGCCCAAAUACAUUGAAAUCUCCAUGCGCGAGCAGCAGCUGCGGCUGUACGUCUUCCGCGACGUUCCGAUGGACUACAACUUCCAGCCGCAGACACGCAAAGAAAUCAGCAAAAUUCAGUGGUACAAGCUGUCCGAGCUGCCGACGUUUCGGAAAAAAAAUGCGCAGAACCAAAACGAGCCCGCCGUCGGCGCCAACAAGUUUUACAUGGUCGCGCCGUUCCUGGUGCCGCUCAAGAAAUGGGUCACCGCGCAGAAGCGACAAGAGGAGAAGCGCACGGCCAACGUGCAGUAUCCUUCCGCCCAGGCACAGCUCUCCAUUGACGAAGGGCACACCGAGGAGGAGACGUACACGACGGACCAGGGCGCGAGCUACCUGCAGCAGCCCACCUCCGUCGCUAGCCUAGACGGGGCCACCAAGGAGCUGCACCGUUUGCUCAAGAUGCAGCCGCCAACGCAAGGUCUGCAGCCGGCCGUGGGCCUGGAAGACAAAGGCAGCGCCCUCCUGUCGAUUCUGCAGUCCAACGAGCCCUCCGACCCUUCGGAACCUCUGCAGCAAGCCGUGCAGACACCCCACACACCGCAAGACCACACAAUCAUCAACCCGACCCAACCGCAGAAUCCCCACCACCACAACAAGCAGCACCACUCAAUGCCGGCAUUCAUCACCCUGCAUCAGCAGCAGCCACCGCCAUUUCCCCUCCCCCAUGCCGCCGGCCACGUACCGCCGCAGCCUUAUCAGCAGCAGCAGCAGUACCCAGGCCGGUCUGUACCGCACGGUCACGCCGGCGGCGCGCACCACCAACCUCAAAAGUCGAUCCCUCUCGUACACCCGCAGCCGCUGCCGCCCCAAGUCCAACGUGCCAUGUUCAAUAACAGCGCAUUUCAGGAGGCCGCAGCAAAGGGCACCACUGGCAUGCCUCACUCUCCCUAUCACCAGUGGCAGCAGCCCAGCGCGGCCCAAAACAACGCCCCUAUUCCUCCGCAGCAGCAAACAGUACCGCCGAUGCAGCUCACUGGUCAGUCCAUGGCUCUUCUCAACGCAUUUAAGAGAGAGCCUUCAGGAUCUCAGCAGCAGCAACUACCUCAGCAGCCACCUCAGCAGCCACCUCAGCAGCUACCUCAGCAGUCUCUUCGGCAGCCUCAGCAGCCUCCUGCGCAGCUUCCGAUGCAGCGUCACAUACAGCAGCAGCAGCAGCACGUGCAAGUAGUUGAAACGGUCAGCAUGACUACCGUUGGUCCUGCCGGUCAGAAUCUCCCGCCGCCGCCGCCAUACACGCAGUACCCGGCCCAGCAACCACCGAUGCAGCAGCCUCCUCCUAUCCAGGCGGCCAUCAUUACUCAAGCCGUGCCGCCCCCGAACGUGUUCCACCCUCGCAUGGCACCGCCACAGCAGCAGCAGCAACAGCAGCAGCUCAGCAUGAGAAUCCCGCCUCCCGCCGCCGAUCCGCAUCGCAACGCCCUGCUCGGCAUGUUCAAAAAGGCCGGCCCGCAGUCCCCCGUCGCAUCGUCCGCACAGCAGCAGCAGCAGCAGCCGUCCUCGCCGUUGGGCUUCAUUCCUGAGCUCUCGUCACCCGCGCAGCGCAAGCCCUCGUCCGACACGACGGCGGCGCCCGUCGAGAUCGGCAUUGGCAACCUCUCUAUCCAGCCACCACCACCACCAGCGGCCGGUAAUAGCGGCGGCAGCAGCAGUCACGCCCAGUUCCCAUCGCAGCCGAGCCCGACCCAGCAUCAGCAACGCUCCAGCAAUCCCGCUACCGGCGGCGCUCCGCACGGCCGCGUGACCUCACCGUACGGCCCCUACGGCGCGCAGAAUCACCAGCCGCAGCAGCCGUCCCCCCUCGCGCAGCCAUCUGCUCCUGCUGGUCCCGGCCCCGGCGCCGAACAGAAGCGCCAGCUUCUGUCCCUUUUUGGCGGUAACAGCAGCGGUGUUGGUGGUGGCACCAAGCCCGUAGUGCCGCCGCAGAUGCAGGCUCGCUCGCCCCUUGGCGGCGCCAUCCACGAGAUGGGUAACGGGAGCCGCGAGCCCCGCGACUUAUCCCGCUCGCGCGUUGCAUCGCUGGCUUCGAGUGGUGUACUUGGCGAGGCUAGCUCGAGCAGCGUCUCGCGCCGCGGCAGCCAGACUCCCAUCUCCCCAGCCGACGAGAGCUUUUUGCUCGGCUAUCUGCAGUCCGUCACCAAUAAUGCGUCGCGGUAG